AGUUUUUAACCUUUUAAUAAACUUAAUUUACUCCUUAAGACUCGUAAUUAUUUUUCUUUCCUUCGAUAAAAUAUUCGGUAACCAACUUACUGUGUUCUAAUAUCAAUUGGCUCGAUUAUAAUUACUUAAUAAGAAAAAAUUGUUAUCCAACUGACUAUAUAAAGAACGUGUUCAACUCUUCAAGAAGUACUUUCCUUUUUUUGCUAACCAUUCAACUUUAUUUCACUUUCCAAAUAUAAAAUAUAAUUUAAAUCUAUAAUAAUUAUAUAAGUUAGCCGGGCCAAAAUAAGUUUAUAAAUAUCCCACAAACGAGAUUAGGCAGUAUUACUGACGGUUAAAGUGUUAAUAAAUAUAUGGAAACCUCAAAAGUAACAACUCCCCAACCAGCCAUGACGGAGAUUAAACAAAGUAUAGUAAAACGAGUUAGUUUAAAAGUUAGCCCAAAGCUUCCAAAGUUAUCUAGAUCUACUUCUUCACCAACAGCUCAAGUUACAACUCCGCGUUAUUCUAUAACAGCAACAAGGAGAUCGUCGUUAUUGUCAGUUUCUGGCAACAGCAUCGAUAGUAAUCCCUCAAUACAAGGAGAAACAGCAUUAACGAAAGUACAAGAAGUUAAUAAGGAAAAUUUUAAUGAAGAAAACAAUCAACUUGAUCAUUUAGUAUCAAUUAAAAAUAAUGAUUGUAAAAGCGACAUUAAAUUAACUCAAUCUGAAGAGUUGACUAAUCAAGAAGCUCCGGUUUUAAUGCGUAAACUUACGAAAGCGACGUCAUCUUCCACCACAAAAACACAAAAUACAAAUGUUAUCGCAGCGGUGGCAAAAACAUUACCAAAAAAUUUCAUUCGUUCAUUUCGUGACUCGCCAAAGAAAGGAAAUAACCAAACUCCUAUCAAUACAUUGAUUACAACACCUUCAUUAUCGCCACCGGCUGUUAGUCAGAUUUCAUAUACAUCUUCAACGAUGGUUAGUGAAAGAAAGAAGAAAAAUCGACGUUCAAGAAGUGGAAGUUUUUCGUCAACAGCGCAAGCUUUGUCAAAUAUGUUAAAACGAAGAUCAAGAAAUCGAUCUGGUUCAAAUGAUUCUACAUUAAAAACAAAUGAAGCUAAUGGGGCACCUGUAUUUACUUAUGAAAGUUUUCCUGAUCCGGAUCCUGAUGAUUUUUUUAAUGUUUAUUCUUGGGAUAUACCGGAUUCUAUAGUUUCAAUAGAGGAUGCUGGCGGUGUACUGCAAAUGAUCGAAUAUGAUGGAAUAUUUAUAAAUGGGAUUAAAGUUCAUUAAUAAUUUACAUACAUACAUUCAUUCAUUUUAUUACUGUAUCUUAUAUAUUAUUAGUCUCUCAUUUAGAAUUUCUUGUACCAUAUUUUAUCGAUGUAUUAGCAAAACAUAUUUCAUUCAAUAUGUUUUCUUUUCGUUAUAUAUAUUUUGUUCAUUUUAUAGUUAUUUUAUUAAUUAACCCUUUUCCGA